GACGAUCUCCAGCCACCAUGAAGGUGACAGCUGUGUUGCUGCUGAUCUCUCUGGCCCUUUGCUGCGUCUCAGCAACUGUUGCAGUGCCGUUUGCAUAUCAGUACUGCAGUAACCAGCCAGUAGCCAGCAACUUCUGUACCAUGGAGUACGCGCCACACUGCGGGUCCAAUGGCGUCACAUACGGCAACAAAUGCUUGUUCUGCAAUGCAUUCGCGAGGAGCCGUCGGACUCUUGAACUGAAGUCUAUGGGUUCCUGUUGAGUUCUCAACAGGCUUCAUCUGAGAAAUCCCCCUCUCUGGCAAUGUUCCCCAUGGCAGAUGAUUUCCUAAAGUCUUCACCUGACCCUUGAAAGCUUCUGAUAA